UGAAUUAAACUUAGUAUAGCGGUGAAUUUCAACAAAAGACAAGGUUUAAGAAAAAGAAAAAAAUAUUAAGAAAAAAAGUACGCUAAACUUUAAAAAAGAAAAUCAAUUUAAAAAAUACUAUAUUAAAACUAAUAAAAAGAUAAGAUUAACAACAACAAAAAACCAAAUAUUUAAAUUAAUUAAAAAGAACACAGACAAUUUAAUGAACUAAAAUAAAAGUGAUAAUAAAUCCUAUGGUUAAAAAAUAUUAAUUAAUUCUAAAUUUCCUUUAAAUUUAAGAAAUUUAAAAUUGUUAAAAAAAAGUAACAAAACAACAAGUUCCUGUUGUAAUAUUUUGUGCACCAAAAGACAACAAACAUUUUUUUUUAAAGAAAAAUGUAUGUUGCAAAUUCCACUGGUGGUCUCAUGUUGCAGACCAUGUUGUAUUUGGCAAAUCAUACUAGCCGAGCUGCUGUGAACACAUUAAUUGAUCUACCUCCUGCCCCUAAAAGUGAUCCAAAUGAAGUAAAAUGUUAUGGUGUUUAUGGCUGCUUUCCAUUAAAUGGUCCCUGGACUGCUAAGACCCGUCAGAUUAAUGUACAUCCUCAAAAACCUUCCCAAAUAGAACCACAUUAUACUUUGUAUACCACACGAGCAUUUGAUCAACCCAAAUAUAUAGAUUUAAAUGAUCCCGAGGCAGUGCAACAUAUGGGCAUUAAUCCUAAGGGAAAAAUAUUCUUUUUAUCGCAUGGCUAUUUGGAAGCGGGAAAUGUUCCAUGGAUGGUAGAAUUGGCUAAAACUAUAUUGAGCCAUGAGCCGGAAGGUGAGGCUGCAGUAGUGCUUAUUGAUUGGGGCGGUGGCUCCAGCCCUCCUUAUGUUCAGGCCGUAGCCAAUAUACGUUUAGUGGGGGCUAUUACUGCUCAUGUUAUACACAUGGUUUAUGAGGAAUUGGGCUUAAAGGAUUUAAGUAAUUUCCAUUUUAUUGGCCACUCUUUGGGUUCACACGUGGCCGGUUAUACUGGUUCUUAUUUACAAACCGAUUUUGGCUUGAAAUUGGCUCGCAUUACAGCUUUAGAUCCGGCUGCCCCUUUAUUUGCUGAAACUGAUCCUAUAGUACGUUUAGAUAGAUCUGAUGCCCAUUUUGUAGAUGUUAUACAUACCGAUGGCAAUUUAUUGGGCGGUUUGGGCUUGUAUCAGCGUGUUGGUCAUGUGGACUUUUAUCCCAAUGGCGGUAUAAAUAUGCCGGGUUGUGAUGCUAAAUUGCAAGAUUAUAUGCGCAAUCGUCAAAAUUCCGUAUUCGCUAAUAUGCAACAGUUUUUGGGUUGCAAUCAUAUUAGAAGUUAUCAAUACUUUACGGAGAGUAUAAAAAGUAAAUGUCCCUUUAUGGCCAUAACCUGUGAUUCGUAUGAAAGUUUCCAGGAGGGAAAAUGUGCCAGAUGUGAUGAAAAUGGUCAUCAAUGUAUGCGCAUGGGUUAUUAUACUUUGGAGGACUAUAAACGUUUAACGCAGCAGGAAAAGAUAAAUCCAGAAAAGCCACCCAUAUUAUAUUUGAUGACCGGUGAUCAUCCACCCUAUUGUCGCCACCAUUAUAAAGUUACAGUCCACGUUUCGGGUCAUGAUGAAAGUACCUCGCAUGGCGGUGAAAUUGGCACUUUAUCCGUGCGUUUACAUGGUAAAAAUCGCAAAAGAACGACAGAGAAAAUGAAAUUCUCCCCGAAACCCAUGUAUUUCGAACCCACUCACGAAUACAGUUCCAUGGUGGCCGGCAAAUAUAUUAAAGAUCCUGUCUACGCCAGUGUAUUUUGGGAAUAUCAAACAAGUCUGUUUAAUCCGCUCACCUGGCGUAUUCUAUCAUCACCUAGAAUAUUUAUAUCGAACGUUCAUGUUGAAUCAUUAGAAUCACCUCAUAUGCAUCUGAAUUUAUGUCCCAUCACUGAAGAUUCUGCUGUAAUAGCGGGUAGUGAAAAUAUAAUGCAAGAAAAAUACUGCGCGAAUAAGAAAAAUAUGGGGAAUCACAAUUAAAGGGUGGGAGACUACACUAAACACACACAAAUCGUCAAAUUGUAAAAGAUUGCAUAAGACAACAAAAGUGUAAAUUUAACGAAGAGCAGCAUUUAGCAGAAACACAAACCACAGAGGGAAAUUUUUCAUACUAAAAUUAAACCAAAAGGAAAUUUAGCUACAAGGCAAACCUUCGAUAUAAUUUCCCUUUCAAGGUUUGUUUCCCAACUAAAAAGGGAAAUUUGGUAAAUAAAUUCCUAAAAGGGAAAUUUAUUUAAAACAACCAAAUUUCCCAUGGUAACAAUCACACAAAUUUCCUUUCAUUUAAUAAAGGAAAUUUAGUCUAUAUUUUAACCUUUCAAUUUUUAACUUUGGCUAAAGGUUUUUGUCUCUGCUGUGUACCUUACAGUAAAGCUCAAAAAUUUUUCUACUUUUGUUGUUUUCUUUAAUAACUAACCAAAAAUAAUUUCUCUGAAUAAUUUUAAUUGUUGAACAUUUACUUUUUUUCUUUUUUUAGAAAUUAUUUUUGGUUAAACCAUCAUUUAUAAGUAUUUAUUUUUUAUUUUAUUAAUUUUUGUUUUAAGAAAACCUAUCAAUGCAUUUUCAUUAUUUAUUGGCUUAGGUACAUUUUGUAAAUAUAUUUCAUUAAGCAUUUUUAAAUUAUACGUGUAUUUUUAAACAUUUAUCAUACAACUAAUAUUUAUGAAUUCUAUUUUUAAGAAAAUUUUUUUAGAGAUUAUUAUAUAACGCCAAUCAAAACAGAAAAAAUAUUUAUGUAUAAAAUAUUUAUAAAUUAUGAAUAAAAUUUAUAU